CAAUCGCACUAGGUUGCACAGACUUUCCAUAAAAUCGCUGGUGAGAAUAAAAAACCCUCUCCGAAGGCAAGUUAAAAUCCCCCAAUCUUGUUCACCGCCUCCUCCAUUUUCAGAGUCGAAUCAAAUGGACUGACUCACUUAUCAACCCCCCCAAAAACAGUUGCUCUCACUUAUUAUUGCCAACUCCAAAACCCACUCCCAAAAAAAUUCUCCCUCUCCCCGCUAAAUUGCGCCGAUGGAGAACUACUCCUACACCUCUUACCCUGAAUCCGGUGAUUCCUCUCCCCGUUCCCGUGAAAUCGAUUUCGAUAACACUGCCUCAUGGGAAGAUCCAAAUCAAAUCCCUAAUUACAAGGUCAAAUUCAUGUGCAGCUAUGGCGGUAAAAUUCACCCUAGGCCUCAUGAUAAUCAGCUUGCUUACAUCGGCGGCGAAACCAAAAUACUCUCCGUUGAUCGGAAUACAAAGUUUCCUCAGAUUAUUUCUAAGCUUGCUGCUAUUUGUGAUUCCGAUACUGUGUCGUUUAAGUACCAGCUUCCAGGUGAGGACCUUGAUGCCUUGAUUUCGGUUACUAAUGAUGAUGAUCUCGAACACAUGAUGCAUGAGUAUGAUCGUCUUUAUAGAGCUUCGCCUAAACCAGCUAGGUUGAGGUUGUUUCUAUUUCCGGCGAAUCCGCCGUCGAGCGUCGGAAGUGGAGUGCCUCAGAGUCGGAGUUUUGGUUCUGAGGAUUCAAAAUCGGAGAAGGAGAGGUUUGUUGAUGCGUUGAAUUCCGGCCCGAUUCAUGCGUCUCCGGCGGCGGGAGCUGUUGCAUCGCCGUCUGGAAGCGCGGAUUUUCUGUUUGGUUCCGAGAAGGGAAUGGUACCUCCACAUGUCAAACUAAGAGAUCCGAACGUUGAGCAAGUUGUUAAGGAACCGGAGAUUCCGGUUCAUGUUGUGGAUGAUAGGAUGAUCGGGACUGAUCCGAUCCAGAAACACAUUCAGGAUCUGCAGAGGUUACAUCUAGAAGAGCAACAAAAUAUGUAUCGUCGGAAAAGCGACGAUAAUCUGGCAGCGGCGUUCGCCGGAGGUCAUGACUAUUAUGUUCAAAAGGUACCGGAGAAAAUAGCUCCUGCGGCAACCGUGCCAGGAACAGUACCUGCACAGGUAGGAUAUUGGCAGGAAAAGCAAGUCCCUGGAGGAGUACAUCCGGCGAGCAGUCUCGGUACGGAACAGCCGGUGUACAUGAUUCAAGCACCCGCUGGAGCAUAUCACCCGCACCAGCACCAGCACCAGCACCAGCACCCGCAAUUUGUGAGGCCAAUGGCUGGACCGCCGGGUCAAGGUUACUACGCCGUUCAGAGGAUGCCACAGCAGGAGCCUUAUAGGGAUCAUCAGCCAGUUUACAAUGUAAUGCCCAGUGUACCACAAGCGGUGCCGACAGUACCAGCAACUCUGCCAUCUCAGGGAGGACCAAAAGUGGCUGGAUAUUCCGAAGGAUAUGGGAUGGUGAGACCAGCAACUGCAAUGGGAGUUGGAGUAGCAGAUGCAGGCGGGUACACGCAGAUGGCCUACGACGGCGGAGUAGGGAGACAGAUGUACUAUCCUCCACAAGGUGGCGUCAUGGCUCCACCACCACAACAACCUCAGUACCAAGCAAUGCCGCCGCCGCAAGCGGUGGUUAGCUCCGAUAUGAGAACUCAAGAAGCUGCUAAGGCCUGUCCUGUCAAGGCUACGCAAGCAUCAGUGUAAUUCUUGAAGCUGUUUAAUUAAGGUAUAUGAAUGUCUUGAACUUUUAUAUGAAACUUAGUAGCAAACUAAUAAAAUAAAAGUACUAGUAGGGUAUGAGUUUAUAAUAUUACCUCUUAUUUCUGUUCGUGUUGAGAAGAUUAUGUGCCAUGUUGUGUACAUUUUGAGUGGAAAAUGAGUUUCAUUAUUGCAUUUAUUUCUGUAUCAA